ACGCAAAUCGUAGGCGGCCAACCCUCCUUUUGUGUUUAUCUUCUGCUCCAGUGUUGUCUCACGUAUGCAUAGGCGCAUUCACGAUUACUACUUCUUCGGCAAUGGACCUGGGAAAUAACACGAUUAAAUGAUUGUGUGCACUGUGUGCAAACGCAAUCAUGAACAAAGGGUGGCUGGAGCUCGAGAGCGACCCAGGAUUGUUCACGUUGCUAGUUGAAGAUUUUGGUGUUAAAGGCGUGCAAGUCGAGGAAAUAUAUGACCUUCAAAGCAAGUGUCAGAGCCCUGUCUAUGGCUUCAUCUUCCUUUUUAAGUGGAUUGAGGAGCGUCGAUCCAGAAGGAAAGUUAAUACUUUAGUGGAUGAAACCUCGGUCAUCGAUGAGGAGAUAGUGAAUGAUAUGUUCUUUGCGCAUCAGCUGAUCCCAAAUUCGUGCGCCACUCAUGCCCUGCUAAGUGUGCUCCUGAAUUGCAGUGGUGUCGAGCUCGGCACCACUCUGAGUCGCAUGAAAGCGUUCACGAAAGGCUUCAGCCCAGAGAGCAAAGGCUAUGCCAUAGGAAAUGCCCCCGAGUUGGCCAGAGCUCAUAACAGCCACGCCAGACCGGAGCCUCGGCACCUGCCAGAGAAGCAGAAUGGCAUCAGCGCGGUGCGAACCAUGGAGGCCUUCCACUUUGUGAGCUAUGUCCCAAUCAAAGAUCGCCUCUUUGAGCUUGAUGGGCUCAAGGCCUACCCGAUUGACCACGGGCCUUGGGGAGAGGAGGAGGAAUGGACUGAUAAAGCUCGGCGGGUUAUCAUGGAGAGGAUUGGUCUGGCCACUGCCGGCGAGCCGUACCACGACAUCCGCUUCAACUUGAUGGCAGUGGUGCCGGACCGUAGGAUGAAAUACGAGUCCAAACUUGAGGUUUUAAAGAAGAAUCGACAGACGAUUCUUGAAGGUCUACAGAAGAUGAUCCGACUCACCCAGCCUGAGCUUGUCCAAGACAAGAAGCAGCAGGACUCGACUACGCUUGAAGGCAGUACCAAUUCAAUCAAGAAGGAAACAGAUGCAGUGCCAGUCACAUCCCAAAAGGCUGAUCAAGUUCCCCCUGGAAACACUAAAACCUCUGGAAAACCAGCAGGAGGAGGCUCGCAGCAAGUCACCAACCCCGUUGUUCAACGGUUGCCCGCCUUCCUCGACAAUCACAACUACGCCAAGUCUCCAAUGCAGGAAGAGGAGGACCUUGCUGCAGCUGUUGGACGUUCUCGAGCGCCGGGGCCUGCACGACCGGCAUAUUCUGAGGAUGAAGAUGACUACGAGGAUGAAGAGGAAGUCGCCGCAUCUGCGGGAGCAUCAACGAGGUUUAGACGGAAGGCGAGUCUGCGAUCACGAACAGGAAGGGUCGUAACUGGCAUGGAGAGCCAGAUUGCCCUCAGUGUUUUGGCCGACAAGCUGAAGAAGGAGGCGCAAAAAAAAGAUGCCCUCAACACGCCGCUGUCUGUGCGGACCGAAGGACGGACCGGCGGCAUUUGCAUCACGUCCGCUUCGCAGCCCUCACCCACGCCCAGCAACGAGAGCACCGACACGGCCUCGGAGAUUGGCAGCGCCUUCAAUUCGCCGCUCCGCUCACCCGCACGCUCGCAGGCCGCGACCCGUCCGUCCAGUCCCGUUGCAUCCCAUCUGUCACGCGUGCUGUUUGGAGAAGACGAACUGCUUAGGCUAGACUCCCGACAUAAUCGCGCUGUAAGAGAACUCGGUCCGACUGUCAGUGUGGCCCUGCUACACCUACUGGAAGAUGGAGUCAUUUAUUCUCUUCCACCAUCGGCGGAUUUGGCCGCAGAUGCUGUCAAGCCGCCUUGCAGUCCCGAGAAGAUAAAAGACAAAGAUCCAGCGGACGGGGAAGUGACGAGCGAGAAGGAUAAGGGAACAUCUGUGGAGGUGAAGAAAGAGGAGGCGGAGGAGAGCAAAGAUGGAGAUGAUGUGAAACCGAGCAAGGUGAAGCUCAGUGCUCUCGAACCCGCUGCGGACAGCAAGCUCCCGAGGGAUAAGUACUCACCCAAAGAGUUGCUUGCACUGCUCAAGUGCGUCGAGGCGGACAUUGCCAAUUACGAGGUUUACCUGAAGGAGGAAGUAGAAAAGAGAAAGAAAUACAAAAUUGACGAUCAGAGGAGGACCCAUAAUUAUGAUGAGUUCAUUUGCACCUUUAUAUCAAUGCUGGCCCAGGAAGGGAUGUUAGCCAGCCUCGUGGAGCAGAAUAUUUCCGUGCGGCGUCGUCAGGGAGUGAGUAUCGGCCGCCUGCACAAACAGAGGAAGCCCGAUCGCAGGAAACGCUCCCGACCUUACAAGGCCAAGCGCCAGUAAUUUUAAAGAAUCAUAUUUUCUCUGUCAAGUAACCUCGGCCUGUGAGGCUCAUGGGUCGUAAACAUCAUGGUGUGAAAAAAAGAAAAAAGCCGCACUCGGGAACUUCCUCACGCUGUCGGUUCAUCGCGGCGUUGUCAUAAUGUCAGCCUUCGUACUCCUCAUGAAACUGACCAAAUUGUUUGGUUAGUUUUUUUUUUUUUUUUUAACACCUGUGUAUAAAUGUAAUACCUUUUUAGUGAUAUUGUAUACUGCUAGUUACAGUUUGUAAAUACAGAAAAGUAAUGAAAUGUGCUUAGUGAACUUGAACGCUCGCAGUUUGUAAUGUUUUUGGGCACUUGACACGUUUUAGGUUCAUGACAUGUAUAGAUGGAAGUUUUUCCUGAAUCAUGGUUUCUUUGGCGUUUAUGUGUCAUAAAAUUACAUCUGCUAUUACUACCCACCCAUCAAACACCAUUUUUUAAAAACGACAUUCCAUAUGGACAGUUAUAAAACCAAGAAAAAAAAGAAUAAUGAUAAUUACCCCUUGUGUCAAAGUGUUUUCAUAUUGCUGUAUUUUUUUUUACCUCAAUUUCAUUGGGGUGAAUUUUUUUCUGUACCUCAGAGAUCUAAGAGUGGAGGAAUAAUUAAUUUGCAUGUGCGUUUGUGUGUGUGUGUGUGUGGUGUGUGUGUGUGUUGUACUUAUUUAUAUGUUACUCAGCUCAGCAAGAACUCCCUGAGCUCAAUUGCCACGCGCUUGUCAUUUCAUACUACAAUAAAGUACAUUCAAAAA